AUGCUCACGGUUGCCGAGCUACAAUGGGUACUGCGACUUAUUCUUUUUAGUCUUUCAACUACAAUUGUUUUCUGCUACGGAAUGGAAGCCUUCAUCGAAUAUAUUUACCCAAAAAUCGUUUUUCCACCAGGGCAGUCGGCAUAUUGCUACCCAAAAGAUCCAUCAGAGGUUUCAACUAUUCUUGGAUCAUUCCGUGAUAUUGAUAUGAUUUUGAGUAUAAUUUUAACAAUUCCUUGCUUUAUUUUACUAAUCACAACCUCGUACCCAAAUAUCCACUAUCUAAUAACUAUCCUUUGCGCAGCGCGUUUGUUCUUCUUAGGCUCUUCCCUUGUUCAUGCUUCAUCACAGUUCAAUAGAAACACUCCAUUGGACUUCAUCUACGCUGUCACUCAGAAAGUGUGUCACCUUGACGAGAGCCAAGAAAAAGCUUAUUCCGCGCUGCUUGUAUCGUACGUGUUUCGAGGACUUGAAGGAGUGAUCACAUUCUAUUUUAUCACAUUUGCUUUUGUAAAUAGCGUACUGAUCUGCAUGUUUGGCCUUGGUCAGGAACAAAAUCAACCUCAAAAAACUGAAGAAGCAGCUGAAGUACAUCAGUUGGAGGAACUUCCCACCCGUUGA